AUGACAGCACACCCGUUCGAUCCCCUCACUCCGAGAGAAAUCUCCAAGUCGGCGGACAUUGUUCGCGCCCACUUCCAUGGCCAGAGUCCUGUCUUCCGGGUCAUCACUCUCAAGGAACCACCUAAGCAGGAGAUGAUCCCAUUCCUUGAAAAGGAACACCUGGGACAGUCUCCUACACCUCCACCCCGCACCGCUCACGUCCAGGUCAUCCUCCGCACUGACAAGGGAACAAACGAACUCAUUGAACUCUUGGUCGAUCUCCAACAUGACACAGUCGUCAAAAAAGAACAUCUCCCCGGGAAAAAUUCCUACAUCGAUCCCGAAUACAUGAGAGCCGUCGAGACGGCCUGCAUGGCCGAUCAACGUAUCCAAGACGAGAUCAAGAAGCUCCAACUCCCCGCCAACGCCUCGGUCAUUGUCGAACCGUGGGCCUAUGCUACUGACGGCAUGAACGAUAUGACCCAGCGCAUUACUAUGUGCUGGUUCUACAUGCGAUUGCUGGACAACCUCGACGCCCACUACUACGCAUACCCCCUGGAUCUAUGCGCAGAAGUAUCAGAGCAGCUCAAGGUCACCAAGAUCUACUAUCUCCCGUCCUCCCCAGACGAACGGAUCACCGACCACGCAGGCCCCUUUGAUCGUCGCAAAAUCCAAUCCACCGCAGCCAGCGAAUACCAUCCCAGUCUGCGCCCACCACCGCGCAACACCACCAAACCCUAUCAAGUCGUGCAACCCGACGGCCCGUCCUUCACCACCAAAGGGAACCUCAUCUCCUGGGAAAAAUGGACCCUCCGCGUGGGGUUCAACUACCGGGAGGGCCUCACCCUGCACGACAUCCGCUACGACGGCCGCAGCCUCUUCUACCGUCUGUCGCUGUCAGAGAUGUUCGUCCCCUACGGCGACCCCCGCGCCCCGUACCCCCGCAAAGCAGCGUUCGAUCUGGGCAACGACGGCGCAGGCAUCAACGCCAACAAUCUCCGUCUGGGCUGUGACUGUCUGGGCGUGAUUAAGUACUUCGACGGAUGGCACAACACUGCCUCCGGCGAGCCGAUGAGACUCCCCAACGUGGUCUGCUGCCACGAACAGGACGACGGCAUCCUCUGGAAACACACCAACAUCCGCACCCAGAAUCCGGUCGUCACGCGCGCGCGCAUCCUCGUCCUGCAGACCAUCAUCACCGUCAGCAACUACGAGUACAUCUUCGCCUUUCACUUUGGCCAGGACGCCUCCAUCCACUACGAGGUGCGCGCCACCGGCAUCCUCUCAACCUGUCCCAUCAAGCUCGGCGACACCGUGCCCUACGGCACAGUCGUCGCACCCGGCGUCCUCGCACCCUACCACCAGCACCUCUUCUGCCUGCGCAUCGACCCCGCCAUCGACGGCGUCGCAAACUCGCUGCAGAUCGAAGAGUCGCACGCCAUGCCCAUCCGCGACCCCGCCGUGCACAACCCUUUCGGCGUCGGCUACACCACGCGCUCGACGAUCGCCACCACCGAAGGCGGCCACGACCUCGACUUCACCACCAACCGCACCUUCAAAAUCAUCAACGAGAACCACCUCAACCCGGUCACCGGCUCCCCCGUCGGCUUCAAGCUCCUCCCCUACUACAGCCAGAUGCUCCUGGCGCACGCGGACUCCCUGCACGCCAGACGCUCCGAGUACGCCGCCCACGCCGUGUGGGUCACCCGCUACGACGACGAGGAGAUGUUCCCGGCCGGCCGGCAUACGAUGCAGUCCAGCGGGGGCGAGGGCAUUCAGUCGGCGAUUGCGCGGCGCGCGAACGAUCCCGCUGGUUUGAGCGCUGUGCGCAACGAGGAUAUCGUCGUCUGGCAUACGUUUGGGUCGACGCAUAACCCGCGCAUUGAGGAUUGGCCCGUCAUGCCGUCGGAGAAGAUGGUCGUGGGGCUAAAGCCGGUGAACUUUUUUACGGGCAAUCCGGGGCUGGACGUGGCUGUGUCUGUGCAGGAGCGGAAUCGGAGUGUGUUGGGCCUGUGCCACUGCCGCGACUGUCGCAAGUUUACCGGGGCAGCCUAUUCCUUCGCCUAUGUCGCCAAAACCGCCGAUGUGACGGUCUCUGGCAGUCCGAAAGCAGUCGCCAAGACGUCGGAUAGUGGGAAGGACAUUCGGAAUUAUUUCUGUCCUGACUGUGGCACGCCGAUGUUUGGACGAAAGGUAAUGCCUGACGGCAAGGUGGACGAGAUUACCAUCCUCCGGGCAGGAAUCUUUGAUGACGAGGUCUUGAAUGAAUGGAAGCCUGAAGGGGAGUUGUUCACGGACAGACGGCUGGAGUGGGUGAAUCCCCUCGAGGGUGUUGAGCAGUAUGAGGGCAUGCUGCCGCUUCCAUAG